AUGUUUGUGGCGGUCCUGGUCCCCGUGGCUUUCGUGUGGGGUGCCGACAUGACGGACCUAUCAGUGGUGUACCUGCAAUAUACUCUUGGAGGAAUCGCUAUUGGUCUUUUUGAGGGCACGUUCCUCAGUGUCAUCAGUGUCCUUGGCAAAAACACAAAGACUUUUGCCAUCAUGGGAGCGCCUCUAGGAUUCGCGGUGCACAACAUCAUCCUCGGGACCUUUCAGCAGUGGGGCAUGCCUGUGGUGACCUACUACAUCUACUCGGCCUUGUGUAUUCCUUUUGCCGUGGUGAUUUUCUACUUCAAGGCCCCGCCCGCCGAGGCAGACUCCGCGGGCAAAGGCUGCCAAUUCUUCUUGCGCUCCCUGCAGCAGCCGAUGGAGUGGUUACCUGCGAUGGUGCCCUGGUUCAUUGCGAAGUUUUUGGGGAACUUUGUCAUGGAGGACGCGUUUCCGUUGCUCUUUAACACCUUCAAUACUGCACGGGUGCCCCUCUUGGGCCCCGACAGCACAAGCCCGACAAUACCUUUCCAGUACUACACUGCCUGGUACUGGUUCGUCCUGGUCGCUUUGGGCGACACAGUGAGUCGACGGGUACCGAUGUAUCUCACGCUGAAUAGCUGGCACAGCUGGGCCUUGUGGAUCGUGGUGUCCAUCGCUCUGUGUAUUGGAGGAGAAGCUCUCAACUUUCUGCUGGUUUCAAUUGUCACUGGACUUGCCGCGUUCAUCGCUUACUUCGGCAACGGCUUGAUCUAUGGCUUGUCUGCCAAGUACAUUGAUGCGCACAUCCCGGCGCAGCACAGGUAUGCUGCGUACAACCUGUGGUGCUUCUGUGGUGACCUUGGGGGCUACGCUGGACAAAGUUGCUCAGCACAAUGGGUUUAG